CAAAAGCCCACCACCCCACGAAUCCGCUCCGGCGCCGGGCGCCGGGCGCCAAUUGCCGCAUGGCCUCGGAGGCGAAGGCGCUGCGAACGUUCCGGGCGCCCGAGAGGCUCACGGCAUGCAGCGUGGUGGGCUCGAAGAUCGCCACCGGCACCCAGGAGGGUGCGCUUCUGAUGUGGAACCUGGCGCCAGGGCGCCCGCGCCCAGUGCGGCUUGUUGGGCACACGGCGCAGGUGACCUGCAUUCGGGCUUCCACAUCUCUGAUGGUGUCUGCAUCCACGGACGCUACAGUGGCCAUCUGGGGGAAGGGUGAGAAGCCGGCCAAGGUGAAGCUCCACUUCAGCCCGGUGCGUUGCGUUGACAUCUCAUCAGACGAGCGUCUGCUGCUCACUGCCUCGGACGACAAGUCGGUGAAGCUGUGCCGCCUACCGGAGCGGCAGUUCGCUGCGAGCUACCUGGGGCACUCCAACUGGGUGCGCACGGCUUCGUUCUCCUCCAGUGCCAGCCACAUCGUCUCCGGGGGAGAUGACAAAACCGUGCGGCUCUGGGACGUGGAGCGGAAGCUGUGCCUUCAGAGCUUCCACGACGCUGGCGCUGCCGUGACCUGCGCGAAGUUCGGCUUCGGCGGAGGCGGAUCCGGCGACCAGGUGUUGGUGGCGAGCUCUUGGGAUUCCUCGCUGAAUUUGUGGGACGUCCGGUCCUACGGCCUGAGGCAGCACUAUGGCCGCGCGCACGGGACCAGUCCCAUCAUGCAGCUGGCCGUCCAUCCCAAGGAGGAGCUGCUUCUGAGCUGCGCCGCGGACCGGCAGCUGAGAGUCUGGGACCUGCGCGCGGGGAAGCUGCGGGAGACCGUCCUCGGGCACGACCGGCCCGUGCACUCCUGCUGCUGGGAUGAGCUUGGGGCGCACUUUGUGAGCUGCGACAGCGAGCUGGCCUUCUACUGGUCUUCGCCCGUCGAUACGGACGUCCCGUGCCCAAGCGAAGCAGCGACGGCGCGCCCCGCGCGAGGGUACCCGCAACGCGAGAUGUCAAAGGAGCAGACGGAGCGAGAGGGCUUGGGGGCGGCAAAAACUGCGGAAGUGCCGGAGGUGCCUGAACUUACGUCAGUCACCGAGCCGCAGGGAUGCUCACUUUCGGGUUUCCGCGAGACGGCGGCGGCGGAGCCUCUCUCCAACUUCCUGGAGGCCGCCUGGGCGGGGGCCAAGGCGCACCCUUCGAAGCCUUCGAAGCCUCCGGGGCCGGCGACGGGACCGACGGAGGAGGCGGUGGCAAGGCUCAUGGAGAAGAUGGUCACCGACAUGGAGGCCCUCACGCAGCAGCUGGGCUCUUUGGAGCUGCGGCUGAACCGCACGGAGCAGAGCACCCAGCACUUGGCGGAGCUCAUGGCGGGGGGGGCCUGAGACAUCUGAGCAGGGCAUCUCUGAGGGGACAAACGGCAGCCGGGUGUGAGUGUACAGAUGUGGCAGGGUUCUCUACAUGUCCCCUUUUGCCUAGGUUAGACAUCGCUCGAGUUUGAUCCGGUCUCUGAACGUAGGGACAAAAGGCUUCGUGCUUUUCCGUCUUGUUUGGACGGCCCCCCCUUUUUCGGCUUCAAAGGGAAGCCAAGAGGAGCGCCACCAUUUUGGCGUGUUCCGCCAAAAAGUGGACACCCAUUGGGCAAAUGUCAAGUCGGAAACCCCUUAGGUUGGGCAAAGCAACUCACGGGGGACAUUUAGG